CGCCGCCAGCGCAACUAGGUUCGCAAGACGCGGCACCCCGAUCCGACAUGGUGCAGAAGCAGCAGAGCUUCAUCACGGAGGUGGCUCCGGCCAUCCCCGCGGUGGGGGAGACCCCCGCCAGGGGGCCCGAGUACAGGGCCACCAUCGCCAAGGACGGCCCGCCGGCCAUCCCCUACAACUCCCUGUACGAGAUGUUCAUGGCCUCUGUGGACAAGUUCCCGGAGAACAAGUGCCUGGGCCACCGCGAGGGCGCCGGCUACGCGUGGCGCACCUACAAGCAGACGGCUGAGGAGGCCGCCGCCAUCGGCUCCGCGCUGGUCAAGGUCGGCCUCGCGCCCCACGGCCGCGUGGGCGUGUACGGCGCCAACAGCCCAGAGUGGAUGAUCGCCAUGCAGGCGUGCAACCGCCAGAACCUGUACUGCGUGCCGCUGUACGACUCGCUGGGCGAGCACGCCGUGGAGUACAUCAUCAAGCACUCCGAGUCCACAGCCGUCUUCUGCCAGACCGAGAAGCUGGGCACGCUGGCCAAGAGCCUGCCGCAUGUGGACGGCCUGAUAAAGACGGUGGUGUACUGGGGCAAGGGCGACGCGGCGGCGGCAGAGGAGGUGAAGGGCGCGGGUGCCGCCAUCUACUCCUACCAAGAGUUUCUGGAGCUGGGGCGCAGCAACCCGGCAGAUGCAUCGCCGCCUAAGCCCGAGGACCUGUGCACCAUCAUGUACACCUCUGGCACCACCGGCGACCCCAAGGGCGUGAUGCUGAGCCACACCAAUGUCAUGGCCGCCAUCAUCACCCUGCAAGUCUUUGUGGCCUCGUGUGGCCUGGGCAUGGGCCCCUCGGACGCCUUCCUCUCCUUCCUCCCCAUGGCCCACAUUUUCGACAGGCCAGUCCACCGCCGCCGCCCACCGCCCACCCGCCGCCGCCGCCGCCGCCGCCGCCUGCCUGCCCGCCUGCCUGCCUGCCCACGGGGCCGCCUGCAGGGUGUGCUGAUCUCUCACCGCCAGGUGGCCACCACUAUUGGCUCCAAGCGGGCCUUCCUGGAUGCGGCCGCCCCCAUCUUUGACAAGAUCAUCUUCUCCAAGAUCAAGGAGAAGCUGGGCGGGCGCGUGCGCCUGGUGGUCUCGGGCGGCGCCCCGCUGUCCCGCCACGUCGAGGACUUCCUCAAGGUCGGCAUGUGCUGCCGCGUGGUGCAGGGCUACGGCCUGACCGAGACCUGCGCCGCCUCCUUCAUCGCGGUGCCCGAGAUCUCGGACCACUCCGGUACCGUGGGCCCGCCCCAGCCGGUGCUGUCCUUCCGGCUGCAGGCUGUGCCAGAGAUGAACUACGAUCCGAUGGCCACGCCGCCCAGGGGCGAGGUGAUUGUCAAGGGGCCAUCCGUCUUCACCGGCUACUACAAGGCGCAGGACAAGACCGACGAGGUGUUGGAGAAGGACGGUUGGUUCCACACGGGCGACAUCGGAGAGCUGACGGCCACGGGGGCGCUGCGCAUCAUCGACCGCGCCAAGAACAUCUUCAAGCUCAGCCAGGGGGAGUACGUAGCUGUGGAGAAGGUGGAGGGCGUGUACAAGAAGAACGCCGCGGUGGAGCAGAUCUGGGUGUACGGCAACUCGUUUGAGAGCUCGGUGGUGGCGGUGGUGGUGCCCGUGGCCGCCAAGCUGCAGGCCAUCGCCGCCCAUGUGGGCGCCAAGGGCAGCGUGGAGGAGCUGUGCCGCAACCCGGCGGUGAACAAGGAGCUGCUGGCGCAGCUGACCGCCACCGCCAAGGAGAGCAAGCUCAAGGGCUUUGAGCAGGUGCGCGCCAUCUACCUGGAGGAUCCUGCCAACGCCUUUUCUGUGGAGAACGAGCUGCUGACGCCCACCUUCAAGCUCAAGCGCGCGCCGCUGCAGAAGAAGUACCAGCCGCAGCUGGACGCCCUGUACGCCGUGCUCAAGGGCUGAGCGGCCCCCGGCAUCGCAGCGGAGAGCCACGCGCGGCGCCCUCCAGGCCGCGAGCCCGAGCGCGUCGCUUUGUGCUCCCCGGGCAGUGGCCGCGCUGGAUUUGCAGCGGGAGCCGCCGCCGUGGCCAGCCCUGAACAGCACGGGGCCCGAUCCCCACCCCUUGCCCCACCCUUUGCAAUCUCCCUCCCCUCUUUUCCACCCAAGCACACCCAGCCAGCCUUUUUUUUCCCUCUGAGGAAGAACUCCGACCAAACUCUGCAGCAUAGGUUUCUCUUACAUCCCCCGGGGCUCCUGGCAUACCUUCAUCCCGCCCCUCCCUGUCCCCUCCCUCCAGUGUGCAUGCCCUUCCCUGCGUCUCCACUUCCUAUCUGAUCCUUCCUAUUCUGCCCUGGAGCGCUGCGCUCAUUCUCGCCCGCUCCUUGUUUUAAGCUUGCAAAGACACCUGAGCCAGCCUGUGCCCCCGUCUGUGCAUGUGGCACCGCCGCACCAGCUCAGCACCACUGCUGUUACACCUCUGUGUA